AUGUCGACAGCCGAGCACACGCAGGUGUACAUCCCCGACGACAAGGUCGCGUGGAUCGCUGCGCAAGUGCUGAGCGCGACCGGGGAUACGUUCGAGGUCCAGACCCAAGGCGACGCGUCCGAGGAGUUCCUGAGCGACCAUCCCAAGGACGGCGCCCAUCGCACCGUGCCGAAAGCGGCCGUGUGCUUGCAGAACGUGCUGCCCGAAGAUGGCUGCAGCGACAUGGUGCACCUCAACUACCUCCAUGAAGCCGCGAUCUUGUACAACCUCAAGACGCGCUUCCACCGCGGCUUGCCAUACACAUACACGGGCCCCAUCUGUAUUGCCGUCAACCCCUACAAAUGGCUCGAUAUUUACAACCCCAAAGUGCAGUCCACGUACAUGGACGUGGAGAAGCUUCCGGAGCUGCCGCCGCACGUCUACGCCGUCAGCGCGCGGUCGUACCAUCACAUGCGCGUGUUUGGCGAGACCAAAGCAUCCUUGUCAGUGGCGAGUCGGGGCGGGUAA